AUGGACUCCGGAGACGGGACUUCUGAAAGCAGCGACCCAAUUCCCACGCGAUCUGACAAGAAAAACCUGGACCACGCUAUCCAGCUCCGCCUGUAUGACGAGAAACGCAAGAUGGAGUCCGAGUACAAGCGAAGCGUCGAUGCUCUGAAACGCGACAUGGACGAGUUGCGCCACAAACGCGUGUGCGACAAGGAAACGUAUAAGGAGGAACUGGAAAAAUAUGAGCGAGAUAUGGUGGAGCUUCGGGGCAUCAACAAGGCGCUUGAAGACGCCAACCUACGGGCUCUGCAUGACGUGGAAACAUUGCAGAAUCAGAACCGGGACUUGCGCAGCGAAGUGGAGAAGCUGAACCGCGACAUGGAUCGUCAGGAACAGAGGCAGCAUAAAGCGCAGCAGAACAUCAUGGAAUUAGAGGGCAAACUUCGGGGAGAGCAGCAGGCCUUUGAACAAAAGGUUUUACAGCAGGACAAAACUGCAGAAGAUCUGAAGGAAAAUAUCCGCAAAUUGAAGUGUCGCGAUGAGCAAAAUCAGAACCGAAUUAAUAUGUUGAACGAAGAGCUAGCCGGGCUGCAACAGGAGUUGGCGACUUCGAAGGCCUUGGUGGCGAAGCUGACAGAUGAGGCGGAGCGCGUUGCAAAAAAGCACGACUCAGAGAUCGAUGAUUACGAGAAACUCAAGUCCAGCUAUGCGCUACGGCACCAUGAAGUGGAGACUGAGCUGCAAUGUGAGCGAGAACGGCUUUUGGUAGCCCAGGAGGAGAUUCGGCGAUUGACGCAGGAGAAUUCGGAUAUGAGAGCCACGAUUUUGACCAAGGACAAAGAUACAAGAGACUUAGCUAACUUGACCGAACUGCACCAAACUGUUUCCAGCGAACGCCUAGUGCUACAGACACAGUAUCGGGCGCUCUCCGAUGAAUGCGAGCGACUACGCAACGAGGUACAGGCCGUGAGUCAGAGCCACCGAGCCGCCCUCAACAGAGCGGACACCGCAGAGCGGGAAACCCACCAAUUAAAGAAGAAGAUUGAAGCACUGCAAGUCAACUUUAGCCGGAAUAUCAUCUCUCA